GCUGUUGGUGAGACGACUCGCAUUUUCACACCUUUGCAGGGCCGCCACACGGACGGAUAGCAAUUUUCUCCGUCUACCUCAUAUUGUACUUCACACAAAAAAUGGCCGCUGAACUCACAGAAGAGCAAAUCGCCGAAUUCAAGGAGGCUUUCUCCCUAUUUGACAAGGACGGUGAUGGCACCAUCACUACUAAGGAGUUAGGCACAGUGAUGAGGUCACUGGGUCAAAACCCAACUGAGGCGGAGCUUCAAGAUAUGAUCAAUGAAGUUGAUGCUGAUGGCAAUGGCAAUAUCGACUUUCCGGAAUUCUUAACGAUGAUGGCUAAGAAGAUGAAAGACACAGAUAGCGAAGAAGAGAUCAGAGAAGCGUUCAGAGUGUUCGACAAGGAUGGUAACGGAUUCAUCAGCGCUGCCGAGCUACGCCAUGUGAUGACGAAUCUUGGUGAGAAGUUGACGGACGAAGAGGUGGAUGAGAUGAUCAGGGAAGCAGACGUCGAUGGUGACGGUCAAGUCAACUAUGAAGAAUUCGUCUCCAUGAUGACCAAGGAGUAAGAUAUUAUCGCUAUAAGGAUUUUCUGUGAAGACUAUGAA